AUCCUUCUUCUUUAUUCCCCAACUUGCAAUAAAACUACUCCCCCAAUUCUCCUUUUUUCUACAUAAUAAUCAUUAUUAUUAUUAUUAUAUGAAUAAAUGUUUAGCAGUCUGCAAUUCUUCUGCAAGAAUCUGUUUCUCAUGCAUAUGCACACACUGAUAAACAACCCACUACCGCUUCAUAUUCCUUUCUUUUCUUGAAAUCCCAGCAAAUCCCAACUUUUCCCCUGUUUCCCACUGAAAAACCCAUUUGAAUUCCUGUAAAGGCAUUACCUUUUUCAGAAUUUGAGGCGUUGGGAAACCCUAUUCUUGAUUUGAUUAGAGCAACCUGUUGUUACCCUUUUGAAUUUCGUGCAUCUUCAAUUAUUUGAUUCUGGAAUUGGGUUUUUUCAUUGGCGGAAUCCCUUUGGAAUUAAGUUCUGGAGAUGGUGAUUUGAGGCCUAGUAGGAGGUGUAUGGUAUUUGCUUUGAUUUUGGGGAUAUCUUGUAGAAAUCUCCCUAAUUUUACCUGAGAGAUCAGAAAAUUUGAACUUUUGGUUUUUGAUUUCUGGGACUAGAAUUUGUGGGAUUUGAGCUGAACUGGGGGUGCGAAAUAAAGCUCAAUCUUUUGAAGGAAGGUUGAUACAGGGAUAGUGGGAAGAAAGGAGCAAGAUGGAAAAAUACGAACUUGUGAAGGAUAUAGGGUCUGGAAAUUUUGGUGUGGCCAGGCUUAUGAGAAACAAGGAGACUAAGGAGCUUGUGGCCAUGAAAUACAUGGAAAGAGGACACAAGAUUGAUGAGAAUGUGGCUAGGGAGAUCAUAAAUCAUCGAUCACUUCGGCAUCCGAACAUAAUUCGGUUCAAGGAGGUGGUUUUGACGCCUACCCAUCUAGCCAUUGUCAUGGAGUAUGCUGCUGGUGGAGAGCUCUUUGAGAGAAUCUGUAAUGCUGGACGAUUUAGUGAGGAUGAGGCCAGGUACUUCUUUCAACAGCUUAUAUCUGGAGUGAACUACUGCCACUCCAUGCAAAUUUGCCAUCGCGAUUUGAAGCUGGAGAACACCCUUCUGGACGGAAGCCCUGCUCCACGACUGAAAAUCUGUGAUUUUGGCUACUCAAAGUCAUCUCUGCUUCAUUCAAGGCCCAAAUCAACAGUUGGCACUCCUGCUUAUAUUGCUCCGGAGGUUCUGUCUAGAAGAGAAUAUGAUGGCAAGUUGGCUGAUGUAUGGUCGUGUGGUGUGACACUCUAUGUUAUGCUGGUUGGAGCAUAUCCUUUUGAAGAUCAAGAAGAUCCAAAGAACUUCAGGAAAACUAUCCAAAGGAUAAUGGCUGUUCAGUACAGGAUUCCCGAUUAUGUCCACAUUUCUCAGGAUUGUAGGCAUCUUCUGUCUCGCAUAUUUGUUGCAACUGCGUCCAGGAGAAUUAGCAUAAAAGAAAUCAAAUCACACCCAUGGUUUCUGAAGAAUUUACCAAGGGAAUUAACGGAUGUAGCGCAAGCAGCAUACUACCGCAAAGAAGACCCCACCUAUUGCCUUCAAUCUGUGGAGGAGAUCAUGAAAAUUGUGGAAGAGGCUAAAACCCCUCCUCCAGCCUCCCGUUCAAUUGGAGGCUUUGGCUGGGGAGGCGAAGAAGAGGAGGAUAAAGAGGAAGAUGUAGAAGAGGAGGAAGAAGAAGAAGACGAGUAUGAUAAACAAGUUAAAGCCGCUCAUGCAAGUGGAGAAGUGCGUGUGACCUGAGACGUAGCUGCACUCAUGUCCAAACAAGGUAGAUUUAGUUUUACUAAACCUGAUCCUUUGGUGGUUGUAAAAAGUUCAGCUACAUGAGAUGUGGGUUCUAAUAAGUCUUUUGUAAAGUUUUAGUUUUAUGAUUUGGAGGCUUGUGCAUUUUAUAUUUCGAGGGUAGUAGCAAAAAGUAUCGUGUGGUGAAGCUGUGAGUGUUUGUUUUCUGGGUUAGGUUUUUAGAGCUAUUGUGUGUUGAAUUUCAUCGAACAUUGUGUAUUUUCAUGUGGGGUUGUAUUCAACUGUAUUUGACUUUAUAUUUAUUCUCGUCUUUCCUCCA